AAACCCUGAGGAGGCUCCUAUUGAGAGAGAGAGAGAGAGAGUGGGGAAGGAGAAAUCCGUGAAAUGUCAUCGGAGGGGCUAAAGAAAUGGCAAGAGCUUCCUCUAUUUCGAGAUACCUGACCGCGAAGCUCCUCCGCAGUGGCGGUGGAGCUUUCGCCUCCCUCUCGCCAUGCACACGCUGGACCUCGCCAACCCGAUUGCCGCCUUCCUUCUGCAGCUCCGCCGUCGCCGGUUCUUCUGUCUCCGAUCCCGCUCCCGCGUCGGCCUCUUCGUCUCAGAGUCAAGGAAAUCAGAGGAGAUGGUCGAAAUGGUUGCUAUUUAUUCCUGGAGCUAUCACAUUUGGCCUUGGGACUUGGCAAGUUUUCAGGAGACAAGACAAGGUUAGAAUGUUGGAGUAUCGACAAAUGCGGUUGAACAUGGAACCUCUGAAGCUGAGUGAUGUGACUCCUUCAAGUGAAAGUCUCGAUUCUUUGGAAUUCAGGAGGGUAGCAUGCACAGGAGUUUUUGACGAACGAAAAUCAAUAUUUGUGGGUCCACGUUCCCGAAGCAUUUCGGGUGUUACCGAAAAUGGAUAUUAUCUUAUAACGCCCCUCAUGCCCAUUGCAAAUAACAGUGGAAGUGUAAAUUCUCCAGUUCUUGUCAACAGAGGAUGGGUCCCUCGUAAUUGGAGAGAUGAGUUUUUAAAAUCUGUAGAAGAUCAAGAGAAACCUUCAAGUGCCUCUCCUCCCUUGGUCCAGAAGAGCGAACCCAAAAGACACUGGUGGUCUUUCUGGUCUAAGAUGCCAAAAACGGUCAAGGAUUUGGAUGGAGAAUCUGCGGUUAGUCCUGUAGAGGUUAUAGGAGUUAUUCGUGGGAGUGAAAAACCUAGCAUUUUUGUUCCGGAAAAUGAUCUAAGCUCCUCUCAGUGGUUUUAUGUCGAUAUUCCUGCUAUUGCUCACGCAUGUGGACUUCCGGAGAAUACUCUCUAUGUCGAAGACAUAAAUGAAAACGUGAAUCCAAGCAAUCCAUACCCUAUACCAAAGGAUGUGAAUACCUUAAUUCGCAGUUCAGUCAUGCCACAGGAUCACUUGAAUUACACAUUGACAUGGUAUUCUCUGUCUGCUGCUGUCACAUUCAUGGCUUUCAAGAGGUUGAGGCCCAAAAAGAGCCGGAGAUAAUAAUUUGCAAACUUCUCUUUAUUGAAAUUCUUCUUCCAUUGAAAUGCAGGUGGGGUGCAUAUCUUGUUUAGCUUAUCAUAUAUUCGCUUUCAAAUGUACUUGUCCGGGAGUUGAUCUACAGCGUGGAGAGAUGCUGCAAUCUACAACCGGGAGAGAUGCUUCAACUCAAAGAUCUAUAGAAUGAUGCAGCGAUUAAAGCUUCUACGGAUAGUGAUAGCCGUCCCUCUGAUCAAUGCAGGAGGAGUUUUCUGAGAUGAUUCAUUAAGAAAUUGUAAUUUGUAUGCCACAAUAAGUACCAAGAACGGCUAGAAUUUCUCCGUACUCUUGGGCGUCUUGGUGUUUUGUUUUAAGUUUCAUGGGCCCACGAAAUUUUGAACCCGGGUUUGGUCCAUUGAUCUAUUGCAGCCCGUUGGUCUGGCUCAUUGGACGGGCCUAGUCCAACAUGCCCAAUGUGCUUUAUGGCUUA